CGCAAUGCCUUCGCCUGAGAGGGGCCGAUCUACUACUGCUACUGCUGCUCACCCGGCUAGUUGGACGACCUCUCCCCACCAGCCACCGAACCGGCAACUUAUUACAGAGGGAGGGACGCGGAGAGGCAACGAAAGGACGCCGGAACGCGCAAAAUUGUAUGCGCACAACGCCGCAAACACCUGAUCGCUUGUCCGGAGGGUUUAUAGAGGAGGGACAUGGAAGGAGACUAGAAUAAGGGUAGUUCUGAGGUUAGCCGGAGUCUCGUGCACACACACACACACACACAGACACAUGGCAAACGAUCUCGUUUGGACGAUCGGUUUCGGGCAGGCUCAGUUCCAAACCGUACGCCGCCGCGAACAGUUCGUCGUCUCGUUGUGCCUGCUGUCCCGACGUCGCGCACGCGCCAAGAUCGCCUGUUUUUCGCUUCUUCACUGUUUGUGCUGUUGUGUGUGUGUGUGAUCGUGACCCUGACAGACUUUCAGGGAUUUCACGAACUGUGUGCACUUUGGUUUAAUUAGGUUUUUGUUGCCAUUUGCAAGCCGGGAGAGUUUGGAGAUCACACAGAGGGCGCUGUAGGUGUCAAAACCAAAAAAAGUAGUGAAGCGUGUGUUACGUGUGCAGUAUCUUCACCAUCUCUAGUAUUACUAUCAGUAUUAUUACCUUGUGACUAUUGUGAUAACUAGCGCUAACAAAGACACUCGCCUCGCCAUGAAGGAAGUUCAGGUUAACGGUCAUCAGCAUGUGAGCAAUGGCAACGGCACGGUGAGCGAGCUGGAAAAGCACACCAACGGCACCAGCAACGGGUACGCCGGGCACAACGGGCUCAGCAAUGGUACGAACGGUACCACCUCCAAUGGGUGCGCUUCCUCCAAGAAACAGUCGGUCAAAUGCACCUGCAGCAAGUCGGAGCUGGAGAAUGGUAGCGACACAAACAACAAUCAAGGACACGAAAAAUGUACCUUUCACCACGAUCUGGAACUCGACCACAAACCAUCGACCCGGGAGGACCUGUUGCCGCUGAUGUCCAAGUCCUACCGGAUGCUGCUGUCGAGCCUGGGCGAAGAUCCGGAACGUCAGGGCCUGCUGAAGACUCCGGAACGGGCCGCCAAGGCAAUGCUCUUCUUUACCAAGGGCUACGAUCAGAGCUUGGAAGAGGCCUUGAACGGUGCCGUUUUCGACGAGGAUCACGACGAAAUGGUCGUGGUGAAGGACAUCGAAAUGUUCUCCAUGUGCGAGCACCACCUGGUGCCGUUCUACGGUAAAGUCUCGAUCGGUUACUUGCCCUGCAAGAAGAUUCUCGGGCUGAGCAAGCUGGCCAGAAUUGUGGAGAUCUUCUCACGCCGUCUUCAGGUGCAGGAGCGGCUGACGAAACAGAUUGCCGUUGCCGUCACCCAGGCAGUACAGCCAGCCGGCGUUGCCGUCAUCAUCGAGGGAGUGCACAUGUGCAUGGUGAUGCGCGGCGUGCAGAAGAUCAACAGCAAAACGGUCACCUCGACCAUGCUGGGCGUCUUCCGGGACGAUCCGAAAACGCGCGAAGAGUUCCUGACGCUCUGCAACAACAAGUGAGCCCACAUUCUGCAUCGAUCCCAGCCGACCCCAGCACUAACGCCACCGGCGAUGAUCGAUGAACCCCACGACGACGACGUACGGAAGGAGUAUUAAUUGCGAAUGGCGAAGGGUAAACUUUUGGCCUUCGUGCAACUCGUUUAGGGAAAUCCGUUUAGGGAAAUCGUACACUCGAUAUACUCGAUUUUUAGCUGCCAGGUUUUGAAGAUGUUAGCGUACCUUUUAUGGUUUUUGAUCGUACGGAGGUAACUGAUCCGCAUCAUCAGUGUUUUUACAUUUUGAAGCCCCACAGGAAAGCAAAUUUUACUCAUACUCAUCGUUGUUAUCAAUGUCUAUCCGUGUGCCGCGCGGGCGCAUAAUUUGUUGUGUCCAAACCUUUCGUAAAAAGAAGGACAAUAAAUUUAGAAGCUAGUAUCGCUCUCUCUGUCACUCUAUGAAACGCAGUGGACACGAUUACGAUCGCUGAUCCCUCGCAAUAUUACAAAUGAUAAUAAAUUUUAGCCCAUACAGGUGUAAGGCAUGUUACAAAAAUCAAGCAAAAAAAAUCUGUGUAAAUGUAAGUGAAAAAACGCAUCGAUAUCUAUCUACACAAACACACUGUUUUACUACUCGGACGUAUACACAAAAUUUAUACAUUUUUGAAUCUGGUAUUUGCCACGCGAAUGGGUCCAAGUUGUACACAAACCAGGAAAGGAAUCUUUAUUGUUGUUUGUUAACGUUUGAUGCGGUGAAAGAUUGUUGACUAGUGAGAUGGUAAAUGUAGCGGAAGAGAAGCAACCAUAGGAGAGGUUAAUGCGAACGCCAAGCCCUAAUCGUUCAGCUCUAAAGCAAGGUCUGAAUAUACAACGAUUGCUGUUAGCAUUCAAAUAUACACCCUGCUGUACCGAUGUUGGCCACUCUCACUCCCUGGUCCCUGGAAGAUACCACACGGCACAUCAGAUUAUAAUCGUAAGUUAAGCAUGAAGUGAGGAACUAACAUCAACAUCAGGCCAACAGCUGUAGGCAAAAAACGCCAAUCAAACCUUAUUGUUAUACUAGCCGAUAUGUCCAUACGUGCAUAAAUAAGUGAAUAAAUGUAAACGAACAUCAAA